AUGGCUGACACCCAAGUCCAACAGUUCUCGCGGCGGGGUGUUCUUCAUGACUGGAUGUCGGAUCAGCAGACGCCACCCCAUCACCGCAACCCGGGAACGGAGAACCCGACCUUACUUGAGGACCGGGGCUCAUCUUGCAAGGCCCUGCUUGAGCCACGCCCAGCAGAACAGUCGCAAGAAGCGGAACCUGUCCCCUCACCGACCAUAUCCAUGGGCACCAUGGCCAAAGCAGAGGAAGUGAUAUCAUCAGGGGCAGGCAACGCACUCGAGUCGUCCACCUGCCCUCACUCAGAGACUGCCCACGAGGCCAUCAUCACACUAUCUCCAGUGAUAGAAGACCCAGCUCACAAACCACCCACCCUCCUCACCAUCCCCUUCGAGAUCCGGCUCGAGAUAUACGCCUACCUCCUGACCAUCCCACCGCCACCGCCACCUCCCCCAUCCACCUCCACAACCCCCUCCACACGCACACCAUCACCCACCCCCUACCACGCCCCGAAACCCACGCCCCCCCUGCACCCCUCCCUCCUCCACCCCUGCCACCAACUCCACGCCGAGACCGUCCCCUUCCUCUACCGCACCAACACCUUCCACGCGCACCCCGUCCUCCUCACCGCCCUGCCCUCCCUCUUCAACCCCCACUCACCCCACUUACCCCCGACUCACUACCCGCCCAUCCGCACGCCGUCCCUCGCGGGUCUGAUCACGAAAUACCGCAUCCGCGUCCGCCUAGACGCCGAACCCCCGCGCGGCGUCGACCGUGUGAGUGUGUCGGCGCAGUUUUCUGGUAGGGAUGAGGUGACGAUCGAGGCGUGGCGGGCGGCGUGGAAGGGCGCCGGGCCGGACGUGCUGAGACUGUUUGAGGGCGUGCGUGGGGUGAGGAGGGCGAGGGUCGUGGGGUGUGUGGAUGAUGGGGAUGGGGUUGGGUUUGGGUUGAGGGCUUAUGCACGCUGGUUGGAGGGCGCUAUGAUGGGGGAGGUUGGGUCGGUUGUGAGGCCGCAUCUUUGGGAUGGUUGA